AUGGAACAAUGUUUCACAACUAACAGUACAUCAUUACCUUUAACUGCUAAUAGUGAAGGUUCUUUUACAUAUCAUUAUGCUAUAUGGCCUUAUAUUUGUUUAUUUACUAUAAUUAUUGUAGUUUGGGGUUUUAUUUAUCUUUUAAAUUUUUUUGUACUUCGAUGUCAAACGAAAAAACAACGACAUAGUUGUCUUUCUUUAAAUACAACUCAAGGUAAUCAUAUUACUGGUGCUGUUCUCAAUAUAUAUGAAACUUCAACAAAGAGAUUAUCACAAAAUGUAUAA